ACCGAGUUUGCAAAAUAAAAAUGUAUUAUAAAGGUGACAGGCAUCACUUUAUCUUUUUAUUUUGGGCAAACACUAUGUUAAAUUUUAAUAAAUAGUAUGUGCGAUAUGAACCAAUUAUAGGGAAAUGAUUAAAGCUAAUGAAGCGUUAGGCAACAAUGUAGAUAUGCCUCAUAUAUCCUCUAUUCUAUCAUCAAACAAUUCAUCAAUAUUUUUAUCGUCUCCUUCCCCCUUUUCAAGUCCAUCAAAUUCAUCACUCUCAAAGCAAUUACCAAAUAAUCAACCAACACCUCCAAAUAUCUUGCCAUAUCAGGAGAAUAUAGGUGGAACAACUUAUUUUUACAGAGGAGAUAAUGUAAACACAUCUAUAAUUUCGCCUAUCAAUCAUUACGAUUCUCCCAGCAAUUCAAAUGUUAAUCAUUCACCUGUAGCUAUGUUAAAUAACUUUUCGAAUCCUAAUAGAUCAUUGGCUAGAAAUUCAACUUCUUCUCAUCUGUAUUACUCUAAACAAAUGACAUCUGAUGUUCCCCAAUUGAACUUAAUGAAUAUAGCGCCGUCUUCCUUGCCACCUUCACUCUCCGCCUCCCCCUUUUUUACCGAGGCGAAUUUGGCUCGUCACUUACGUCAACCACGUCACCCGACUUCCUUUUCUAACCAAUCAAAUCCUUAUUUCGGACUAGUUCUCGAUGACCGAUACCACUCGCUCGAACCCCUACGUAGCGACUACCACGAAAAAACGAGAAGAAAUAACAGCUGUGAUGGGGAUUCCCCUAAAAAGCGAGUUUCUUUGUUCAAAGCCAUAGAUGUUACGGAUGGCCACCCUGAUUGCCUCGCCAGAAUACACGAUUACUCGCUGUCUAACGUGAAAAUGAGGAAAGCUCUUACGAAUUGGAAAAAGUUUGAACACAUCAAUUGCGUUAAACUUAAGGAAGUUUUCUCCACCAAGGCCUUCGGAGAUUCAUCCUUGGUAUUCGUGUACCAGUACCACCCUUCUUACGUGACUCUGAGGGACUAUUAUUACUCUCUCAAAUCCCGCAAACCUAAUAUGGCCAGUAGCAACCUGCGUGGCGGCAUGAACAUUGAUUCCCAAAACGUGUCCCUAAAUUCACCGGACGAAGGCGAUAUAUGGAAUUUCGUGAUUCAAAUUAGCGGGUCCUUGAGACGCAUUCAUUCCUCCAACCUUUAUUGUGGCGGGUUGGAUGGCAUAAAGCCCUCCAAAAUUCUCAUAGACCCACUGGACCAAAAGAUAAAACUAAAUUGCCUGGGUAUGGUCGAGAUUCUCAAUAGCGAAAACGAUUCCUCAAACAACGCCCCACUUGCUGUAACCCAUUUUCAACAAGAAGAUCUCAAGGCCACCGGUCGUCUCAUAUUAUCAAUGACCACGAGCGAUUCUUAUACACCCAUUUGUGAUAACACCGUUAUAAAUAAUGGCGGGGCCGGAAGUGGAGGCGGAAACAAUAAUAAAUGGAUGAUCCAUGCGCUUAAAAGCGCUCUGACUUCAACCCGCUAUUGCGACGAUCUAAAGAACAUCUUGCUCUAUCUCCUAACCCCACCAGUUCAAAACACUUUCAACGAAAAUCAGACCAAAAACAGGAAUGCGUCGCCUCAAAAAACCGCGCUAAAGAGCGUGAACGAUAUCAUGCCUAUGAUAGGUGCCAGGUUCUACGCCCACAUAGAGAAGUCUGCGCAACAGUACGCCUACAUCAAGGACCAACUAUCACUAGAACUCGAAAACGGUAGAAUUUUUAGACUGUUAUGCAAAUUGAACACCAUAGUGGAAAGGCCGGAACAUAAUAUGGACGUUUCAUGGUCCGAGACAGGUGAUCGAUACUUGCUCAAGUUAUUCAGGGAUUUCUUGUUUUACUCUCGCAAACAUGAUGGUACUCCAUUUUUGGACCUAUCUCACAUUAUUAUUCACCUCAACAAAUUGGACACUGGCAACCAGGACAGGAUAACACUAACCUCGAGGGAUGAAAGAAACAUGAUAAUAGUUUCAUAUGCCGAUCUCAACAAAUGCCUCCAAAGUUCCUUUUCCGAGCUUUUCGCUGAAAGUUGAAUGACGAAUAACCUCCCCCACCCCUCCUAA